AUGCGAAGCAAUCGCUCAACAUCGUCGUCUACGCUCGCUUCCCAUGGCGGCGAUGAUGGAUCAGGACGACAAACACUGCCGGACCUGUGGGCCUUCCUGGACGCCGACCUCAGGCCAACCUUUCUGGUACCAAUAAACGAGCUCGGAGAAUCUCCCUUUGAGUUAUUGUUCUGCAACGAGUCUCUUCGCUGUUCAGGCCUGGACAAAGAUAUAUUACGUGGGACAAAUGCUGCCGGCCAGUUUCGGGCAUGGUGCCAAGUUGUCGUCCAUUGGAGAGAUGAGUACAGUUUCGCAGGCAAGACGUGGUCGGCAUUCAAAAUACAGGGGCGGUGGAAAUGUAUCCGUGAAACCAAUCAGGUUCCAGCCAACGGAUUGAGCGCAAGAAGCGAGUAUCAGAAUGCUCACGCCGGCUUGGUGGGAAGUGAGAAGAUCGACCGCGAAGACGUCAAAAUCGCACACGCAAGAAUCGCCAGUCUAAAUAAGAUGAUGGAAAUGAGCGAUGUGGGAACGUUUGAGUAUACUCCCGAAGGAAAAUUGAUACGGGCAAAUGAAUCAUGGUACCGUCUAAGUCUGCAUCCCAACGGAGAAGAUCGCCACGCAGAUUUCUCCUUCAUGGACCUGGUUUAUCCCCCGGACGCCCCUUUAGUCCUCUCUCAGUGGAAUAAACUGGCUCAAGGGAUUCCAGUCACGUUCGAGAUGCGAUGGAAAGGAGAAAACUAUCGCAAAUCCUUAAAUUCGGACGAAAUCAAUGAUGUUCAGUGGGUGCUGUCUGCAUGUGUUCCCAUCCAGGACGAGGAUGGGAACCUUGUGAGCAUCGCCGGCAAUACGAUCGACAUCAACGCCCAAAAGAGGGUUCAAGAAGAGGCCCUCCAACGAGCAGAGGCUCUUGAAAGAGCGCGAAAAAGUGAGCGCAAAUUCUCAAGAUUUGCUCUCCUAGCACCGAUUGCCAUUUACAUCCUUGAUUCGCAUGGAAAGAUGACAUAUUGUAACAAUCGUUUCUUCGAGUUGACGGGACACCCAAGCGCAAGCGAUUACCCCAGCAUCGACUGGCAGCACCUGGUAUUCCCAGAGGACCAGCCCAUUCUCGACAACCAAUGGAAGACAUUACUGCACGAUAAGAAAAGAGUGCAGGCACAUUUCAGACUGAAGCAUACUUGGGAUCUUGGGCAUGGCACUCUGCGACAAGCUUGGAUCGAAAGCCAAGCAUUUCCGGAGCUAGAUCACAAGGGCAACGUUGUCUCAAUCUUUGCCACCAUGACCGACAUUUCGCGGUUCAAGUGGGCAGAGCAGAUACAGAGAACACGCAUUAAAGAGGCCCUCGAAGCGAAACAGAAACAUGAGAACUUCAUUGAUAUGACGUCACAUGAGAUGCGCAAUCCUCUCUCAGCCGUGAUCCAGUGCGCGGAUUCUACCUGUGAGUCUUUGAAGGGGGUACUAGGUCUCAUAUCCAAACCGCGACUGGCCGACAUCGCACUCAAACAGCGGCUGGACGAUGAGAUUCAGCAGUGCCUCGAUUCCCUGAACACGAUUAUAUCAUGUUCCAUUCACCAGAAACGUGUCAUCGACGAUGUACUCACGCUUUCGAAGAUGGAUUCGAACCUCUUGGCCAUUUCCCCGGUCAGAGCCGAACCUGCAGCUAUCGUUUCAGAAGCCGUUCAUAUGUUCGAGCUUGAGUGCAACAAAGAUGACAUCGAUUUGCGCUUCCUGGAAGAUCCAUCGCUACUUGUGUUGGGGGCUCAAUAUGUUAUGAUGGACCCAAGUAGAGUUCUCCAGAUCCUAAUUAACCUACUCACAAAUGCAAUCAACUUCACGCGUGAUCGACCAACUCGACAGAUCGAGGUUUCCUUAGGCGCAUGCAUGUCGCCACCUUCCGACGGGUUCCACCAGAUUCCGUUCGCCAGCGUAACAACAGAUUCAAGCGGGUUGCUUGAGAAGCAGGAAUGGGGAACAGGCCGCGAACUAUAUAUCUGGAUCCAAUGUCGCGACACCGGCUGUGGACUGAGCACGGAAGAGCAAGGCAACUUAUUCACCAGAUUUCAGCAAGCAACUCCACGAACACAUAUUCGCUAUGGGGGAAGUGGAUUAGGUCUCUUCAUAUCUAAGAAGCUAGCAGAGCUUCAAGGAGGUGCUAUUGGCGUCAGAUCGGAACCCAAUGUGGGUUCAACCUUUGCAUUCUUUGUUGCAACACGAACUGCACAACCAACGACACCACUGGCCGUCGACUCAAUUCAUGAGCUUUCUCUUAGGCGAACGUCUUCUGCAGGGCUGGUUUACCAAGACGAACCACACUACUCGGUGCUUAUUGUUGAAGACAAUGUGGUGAAUCAAAAAGUUUUGUCCCAGCAACUGCGAAAAGUAGGCUGUCGGGUAUAUGUGAGCAAUCAUGGCCGGGAAGCCCUAGAUUUCAUCCGCACCACGGAGUACUGGGCCUCUGAUGGUCGUCCAGCAGCACCCAUAAGGCUUUCGGUCAUUCUCAUGGAUAUCGAGAUGCCCGUAAUGGACGGGUUGGCCUGCACCAGGAGGAUAAGAAACUACCAGCAGACGGGCCACAUUGUCAAGCAUAUUCCAAUUAUGGCCGUGAGUGCCAAUGCAAGAAGCGAACAGGUGGCGCAGGCUAAAGAUGCCGGGGUGGAUGACGCGAUCUCGAAACCAUUCAGGAUACCCGAGUUAAUGCCAAAAAUCGAAGCGCUGGUAAGGUCCGACAGGUGUGUUACGCCUCCGCCAAUGACAUCUAGGCCGGGGUGA